AUGAGUGGCAGUGGUAUGCUGUACGGUGGCGAUGAAAUCGGUGCGCUCGUCUUUGACCCUGGUCAUCAUUCGUUGCGUGUAGGAUACGCGCAGGAUGACACACCGAAAGCCGACAUCCCUUCCGUUGUCGGCGUUGGUCCGGCAGAUCCGGUAAUGAAUUCGGAUCUGGAGACGAAGGCGGACAACAACAUAGGGAGCAGUACGCAUCGAUCCAAUAAAUAUUACGUCGACACAACACACAUCAAUGUCGCACGGCCAAACAUGGAAAUUCAAUCGUAUAUGAAGGAUGGAAUGAUUGAAAAUUGGGAUCUGUUCGAGAAGGUCAUUGACUACGUUUACGCCAAGGUUGUACAAUCGGAAUCGAUGUACCAUCCGGUACUAUUUUCAGAAUCUGCCUGGAACGUGCGCAAUAAUCGUGAGCGCCUAACCGAGCUGAUGCUAGAGAAGUACAACGUUCCGGCAUUCUUUCUCGUGAAAAAUGCAGUUUUGGCGGCGUUUGCAAAUGGUCGUGCUACCGCAUUGGUAGUCGAUAGUGGUGCAACACAUACCUCGGCCGUUCCGGUUCAUGAAGGAUAUGUUCUGAGCCAAGCGGUAGUCAAAUCGCCCCUCGGCGGCGAUUACCUUUCCCUCCAGUGCCGCCAUUAUCUCGAAAGUCAAAACAUCGACCUCACACCAACGUACGCGAUCGCAUCGAAGGACGUCAUUAAGGAGCGCGAUACGGCUCGGUUUACUCCGAAGGAAUUACCCGAAAAGCUGACCGCUUCAUGGCAACAGUACAUGCUCAAGGGAUUGCUGCAGGACUUUCAAAUGUCCGCGGUGCAGGUACUGGAAACACCGUACGAUGAGCGCACGGCCGCUGCAAUACCCGCCGUACAUUACGAAUUCCCGAACGGCUACCAUCAGGAUUUCGGUCCGGAACGGUUCAAGCUAGCGGAAAGUCUGUUCGAUCACAACAUGCUGGGUGCUGGCCAGCUGGCUUCGGCAAGUGUGGGCAUGUGCGAUGCGGACGUUCGUUUGUCGUUAUAUGGUUCAGUGGUGGUAACCGGUGGCAAUUCUUUGCUGCCUGGGUUUGCCGAACGACUCAACCGAGACCUGCAGCAUCGAGCACCCUCGAACACACGGUUGAAGAUGAUUUCGGCAAAUGGUUCAGUCGAGCGAAGGUUCGGUGCAUGGAUUGGAGGUUCGAUUCUCGGUAGCAUCGGUACAUUCCAGCAGAUGUGGAUCUCCUCGCAGGAGUACGAAGAAUCGGGCAAAAGUCAGGUCGAGCGCAAGUGUCCCUAG